AUGAUAGAUCUUGUAGUGGAUGAUGCUAAUUUUUAUAAAGACUCGCGCGUCCGGACGGGGCAUCGGCCAGAGAGCAGAGGGUCUGUGAGCUCAUCGCAGGGACUUAAAUCAAGUGGUAGAGACAUUAAGACUAGUAGUCUAAAAAAGAAGAAAAGAAUAGGUGAAGGGAUGGAAGACAGUGUACUUAAGGCACUCAAAGAAGAAAUGGAAGAUGGACAACUGGAAGACAUGGAUGACUUAGAUGGUGUUUUCGCUGCCUCAUACACAUCCAUUCUUCAUUCGACUCGAGGAAGCAAAAGCAAGGAGGGAUCAGGACAAAGAAGGUCAUUGGAUCACCGGGAAUCUAUAGACACCACCCUCAGUCAGUCGGGGUCAGUACGGCCCCAACCAAGGGCCCCUUCUAUUUCCAUGGAAAAUAAAUUAAAUGUUGUUAGUAAUCAGAAUAAUUCUUCUCAUGAUCAAGUUGAAGCAGAAAAACCCACGCUCUGUAACUGUUUUAGCCUUAAUUGUUUCCGAUCUUCCCGUGUAUCUUGUGGCCGUGAUGAUAUGGUCAAAGAUAGCACUAAGAAACCUGUUGUGACCAAUGGAAAGCCUUCAAAUGAUGAAGUGUUCUUUACUGCUAAUACCCCUCAGAAACCUGAGAUAAAUAUCGAUGUCACUUCUGAUAUUGCAAGCCAGGGACACAAGGGGUCUAUGCAAUCAUUACAUGCAUUAGUACAGGAACCAUUAGUUAACUCCCGUCGUUCGUCAGUGACGACGAUUCGAGGGAUAUCCAGGGCUGGCACCCCCGCUCAGGACUUUGAUGGCACGCGUAGUGCCAGUAACCUUGGCAUGGCUUCGGUGUCAGAUUUCGGAAGCUCAAUCAUCCGAGUCAACACACUUCUGGCUCCGGAGGAACGAAAAAAGACUUCCGUCAGUAUUUACCUCCUAAAUCUCCAAUCCCCCAUGCUGAUGCUGAUCCGCAGUGCAUGGAAUAAUUACCUCAUUAAACACACCCUCAACAUUGACUUAGAUUAUGAAAAGAGCUUCAAAUCCGGUGCGAUAAGAAGUGGUCCUGUCCAAAGGUAUGACAUCAUCAGGAGAGAGAGAAAGAGAGAGCUGGAGAGAGAGAGUGAAAGAGUACAAAGUCCAUUUAGAAAUAAAAUUAAUGAGUGCUUAAAAUAUAAAAUGCAAGCAUAG